AUGCAUCUCUGGCACCUCUUGCCUCUCGUGGCUUUUCCUUACGCUUGCCGUAUCCUGCUUCCGGAGCACGGCGAACUGUCAGGCAAUGGCCGGCCGGAAUGCGACCUUCCGUCUCUGAUCGACGCGACGGUGGAUGACCUGCAAGAGGGCCUGAACAAGAGUUGCUUCACCAGUGUGGAAUUGGCGUACACGCUCCGAAUCCAUGAGGUCAAUUCGAAGACGAAUGCUGUUUUGGAGGUGAAUGAUGAGGCACUCAGUAUUGCAGCGGCUCUUGACAGUGAGAGAAGCAGAGGGCAAGUUCGUGGGCCUUUGCAUGGGCUGCCGGUCUUGAUUAAGGAUCUUAUCGGGACGGGGGAUCAACUCAAUAAUACAGGCGGGUCUUAUGCUCUCCUCGGAUCCAAGCUUCCUGCUGAAGCCACAGUGGUGAGUAAGCUCAGAGAGCAGGGGCUCAUAAUCCUAGGCAAGAGCAGCGUGUCGGAGUGGGCCAAUUUUCGCUCCUUCAAUUCGUCCAACGGGUGGAAUGCCAGGCGAGGUCAGACGUAUGCGGCCUACUAUCCUGGGCAGGAUCCGAGCGGAAGUUCGAGUGGGAGCGCUGUUGCGACUGACCUGGGGCUGGUCACUUUUGCUCUGGGUACAGAGACUAGUGGCAGCAUUUUGCUUCCCGCCGAGAAGAGCAAUGUCAUCGGUAUCAAGCCCACUGUCGGUCUCACAUCGCGAUACAUGGUCAUCCCCAUCAGUGAGCGCCAGGAUACCGUUGGGCCCCUGGCCAAGACAGUCAAAGAUGCUGCCAUGCUGUUGCAAGCUAUUGCCGGUGCAGAUUCCAUGGACAACUAUACGCUGGCCUCACCCUUUGGCAACUACUUGCCCAGUUAUGUGGAUGCCUGCAAAUUUUCCGGGCUGCAGGGGAAGCGCAUCGGUGUUCCACGAAAUGUCAUCGCUUAUUUUGAGCAGUCCGAUGCCUCCAUUAUCCCGGUCUUCGAAGAGGCAGUCUCCAUCAUUGCGGGUGCUGGUGCGGCUGUCAUCGAUGAGACAAAUUACACAGCGUACAGCGACUUCUCCACCAGCUCUAUCCCAGCUUUGGUAGUGGCCGCUGAUUUCACCUCAAAUAUUGCCACCUACCUGUCAAGUCUGACCGUAAACCCCAACGAGCUCCACAGCGUUGCAGACAUUCGCCAUUAUACUCAGCAGAGUCCACCCGAGGAAUAUCCAUCUCGUGACACGGGGAUCUGGGACCAAGUUAUUGCGGCGGGCUUGAACAACACCUCUCCAGGGUUCUGGUCAUUGUAUCAAGAUAACUUGCAAUUUGGCGAUGAAGGGGGAUUGUUGGGAGCACUGAGACGGCAUGAGCUCGAUGCUGUCAUCUUGCCCACUCAGCUGGCCUCUGAUAUCCCUGCCAUAAUUGGGACGCCGGUGAUCACCGUGCCGAUGGGGGCAUUUCCGAACGGAACACCGGUCCGAGCAAAUGCACAUGGAGAUCUGAUCGAGCAGGCGCCUGGGAUCCCUCUUGGCGUCAGUUUCCUGGGACCCAAGUGGAGUGAAGAGGCGUUGAUAGGUAUGGCAUAUGCAUUUGAGCAGCGGACGCUGGUUCGCGACCGACUCGAACGGUACAUUGAGCCGCUCUUUUGA